CCUCCCCUCCCCACACCAACAGACAGACAGACAACACAUCAACAAGCACACAGCAGCAUGGAGGAGGUCUGAGCCUGUUGGGAGACACAACACGGGACAUUUCGCUGAAGAUGGAUUCAAACCCGCUGAUAAACGCCAUGGACCCGUCCAUCACGCUGUGGCAGUUCCUGCUCCACCUGCUGGAGGACCAGCGGCAGCGUCACCUGAUCUCCUGGACAGGUGAGGACGGAGAGUUCAAGCUGCUGGAAGCCGAGGAGGUCGCACGACUGUGGGGGCUCCGCAAGAACAAACACAACAUGAACUACGACAAACUAAGCCGAGCGCUGAGAUACUACUACGACAAGAAUAUCAUAAAGAAGGUGAGUGGUCAGAAGUUUGUCUAUAAGUUUGUCAGUCAGCCCGACCCCUCCCUGCCUGAGGGGCUACGUAACGGAGAGGAGGGCCAGAGGCUGGACACCACCGACCCAAACAGCCAAUCAAAAGGCCUCGGGGGCGUGACCUCAACCUGUCCGUCAAAGGGCUUACCCCAGCGCUCGUCACCCGGCGGCUCCCAGAAAAGCUCCCGUAACGACUACAUGAAGUCGGGCCUCUACUCCACCUUCACCAUCCAAUCACUGCAGACCCCACCCAACCCACGGCACAUCAAAACAGAGCUGCUGAUGCAACAUGACGCCGCCUCCAAGCUCGAUCUGAGAGAGGUCUGUGUACUAUCAGAGAAUACAUCUCCGUCAGUAGGUGGAGCGGUUGACUCUGCUCUCCAGGUGAUCGUCACUCAGCCGUCUCCGUGUGCGACGCCGGCCCUCAGCCCGCAGAUGCCUCCCAGCACCACCAGCCAAUCACAGAAUCUUCCGGCUCCUGCUCUGAGCGACCCUCCCCAGAUUUAUCUCACAAGCGUCGGGGAUCCGUCCUCCCUCACCCCCCUCAUCCCCCUGGGUCCUGUCGGGGGGUCGGUGAGUCCUGUGCCUCCCCCUCACAUAUCGAUGGGCCCCCAGGGGCAGGACGACUGCCAAGUCACCAACCCGGUCAGCUUCCCCCCUCACCCCCACACUGCUCCUCACUCGACUCACCCCCCACCUGUCUUCGUCAUCAUCAACCCCCCUCCCACACAGCAGCAGCAGCAGCAGCAGCAGCAGGCGGCCAUGGUGGCUGCGCCUCCCUCUGUCGCUCCUCCCUCCGUCCAUCCUACCGUUCGUCCUCCUCCGCCCCCCAUCAUCAUCAAGGAGGAGAACCUGCUGUCAGAGGAGGAGCUGCUGAAGAUGGUGUCUCUGGAGGAGAAACAGGUGGAGGAGGUCCCUCAGCUGAUUUGUGGCUCGGGGGAACCAGAGUCCCCCAUCACCAUCGUGGAGAGCCCGCCCCCUCCCUGCAUGGAGCCGGGGGUUGUAGGUCAGCAUCCUGCAGGGGAGGUCAAGGACACGCAAACAGAUCCCUCCGCCCCUCCGGUGACCUACUUCUCAGCGGUGGCCCCUCCGGUGACUUCGGACGCCGUUCCUCCCAAACCAAAGAAGCCGCGGGGCCUGGAGCUGCCCUCCUCCCCCUCCCUCCCCCCCGGCCUCUCCCUGGAUAAGGUCAACGCAGCUGUUAACAGUUUAUUGGCUCCUGGAUCAGCGACCAACACGCUCACCCCGACUGUCAUCACCUCCCACGCUCUGACUCCGGUCCUGUUGACUCCGAGUCCUCUUCCCUCCACUAUCCACUUCUGGAGCACGCUGAGUCCCAUCGCUCCUCGCUCACCGGCCAAACUCUCCUUCCAG